AUGUUCUCUGGAUUGAUGGGAAUCGUGCUAGGGUCGGAUCUGUUUUAUCUUCCGCUCGUUUUGGCGUUGGUAAUAUGUCUGUACCUUUUGGGCCGUAGUCCACGUCUAUAUCCGGGCCUUCCCGUUGUGAACGUUGAUCCACGGUUUGCAGGAUGUUUCCAGGUCUUCACAGAGUCUGGACCUAAAAUAGUCCUACCUGGCCGAUUCGCGGAUGAGAUACGAAACCAUCCUGCUUUAAAUUUUAGAGAAGGUAUAGCCAAGGAAUUUUUCGGAUCUUAUCCGGGCUUCAACCCUUUCGCCGCUGACAAUACCGCACGAAUCGUCACGGAGACUACCAGGGGCAAACUGACGCAGUCACUCAACUUGAUCACCGAGGAGUUGGUGGACGAGACUUCCUCGGCCGUCGAGGAGCUUUUCGGCGUACCAGAAGCAUGGACAGAAAUCACUUACAAGCCAAAGAUUGUACAGCUGGUUGCCCGUGUCUCUUCAAGAGUAUUUCUCGGCCAGGAACUAAGUGCUAAUGAGGACUGGAUACGCCUCAGCACAGAUUACGCCGUUGAUGCUAUGGUAGCUGCGAGGAAACUGCGGGAGUGGCACUUCUGUCUACGUCCCAUUGUCCACUGGUUCCUGCCUGAAUGCCGCAAAAUCCGCAAGAGAAUGGUCGAGGCGCGGAAAAUCAUCAUGCCCGUAGUUGAAAGGCGGCGAAAAAUUAACCACCAAGCCCGGGAAGCCGGUCAGCCCAUUUCCAAAGUUGCAGACACGGUCGGUUGGAUGGACGCAGUGGCCAACGGUCGAAAAUAUGACAUUGUGACGGCCCAAUUAGGUCUUGCUUUUGCAUCGAUAUUCACGACAGCGGACAUGAUAAGCGGACUAAUCGGUGAUCUCUGCGCAAACCCAGAAUACUUCAAGCCUCUGCUUGAAGAAAUUAGCUCGGUCUUAGGAGACAAGGGAUGGUCGAAGAGGGCGCUCCAAGAGUUGAAGCUGAUGGAUAGCGCGAUGAAGGAGUCACAGCGUCACCACGUUGGAGAUAUCGCGACUAUGCGACGCUUGACCAAAGAACCAGUCACGCUCUCGGAUGGAACCUUUAUCCCAAAAGGUGCCUUCACUAUGGUCGGCCUAGACAUGCUGUACGAUUCGAAAAUAUUCAACGCACCACACCAGUUCAAGGGCAGCCGGUUCCUAGAAAUGCGUCAGCAGUCUGGACAGGACACUCGCUGGCGGUUUGUCACGACUUCUCCAGAACACCUUGCCUUUGGGCAUGGCAACCAUGCGUGUCCUGGAAGGUUCUUCGCUGCGAGCGAGAUAAAGGUUAUCUUAGUUUAUUUGUUGAUGAACUAUGAUUGGAAGUUAACGAGCGAGGGUCGGCCGAACGAUUUAGCUUUUGGACAAGAGACGGAAACAAACCCAACAGCUAAAGCUAUGAUCAAGAAGAGGAAACAGGAUAUCGCGCUGCCCGACAAAGGGACCCGGGAACCUCAGAAGAUGUAG